UUUUUUAAUUUUUUAAGGACAUUUGCGUGACUUUAUUUGCGUUUUGCUAAAAACAACGGCACUUUAAUUAAUGAGGGUGCGAUAAAUAACUCAUGAUACAGUUUGCACCUUUAUGAAAUGGACACCAGAGAGUGUGAGGACAAGAAUGGUGCAACCUCAUCAAUUAACAUUAUUUACGACCGAUGUUACGUUUGUGGCGACGUUGGAAAAGCGCUUGCAUGUCAACAAUGCAUGAACUCCGAAAAUAAAGGAUUCCUUAUUCUCACUAAUCCGUCAAAGGUUACUCCAGGUCAAAGUAAUCUUGGAAAGUACAUGUAUUUGUCGAGGGACAUUCAAGAAAAGAUUGAAACCAUACGAACCGUAUUACAUGACCAUGAAGAACUUAUUACAAGGUCUUCACAAAAGGUGCAACAAUUAUCUGAACAAACAUCUCUGAAGGUCAAAAUAUCCCACUGCUCUCAAAAUAUUGAGCGACUUAAAAAGCUGCUUCUGGCUCGAAAAAUAGAAAUGAAAUGUCAACAAAAUGUUCUCGCUGAAAAUAAGAAAUCACUUAUGACUACACGUCGAAGAAUCAGUAAAAUUUCUCAGAAGAAACUUAAAAUGAAAGAAUAUAUUCGGAGUAGACAAGAGUCCAUUGAAGGGAUUAGAAAGAAGGAACACAUGUUACACCAGGAUUUACAAACUUGCAGACUACACCAUGUUACCACACUCAUUCAAUAUAUAUUUCCCAUUGAAGAAGUAAAGGACCAGGAACCAAUACAAAGUGAACACGUGAUGUCCGAAGGGAUGGAUGAUGAAAUGGAUCGGGAAACUGCUCUUCUGCAAGAGGAAUUAGAUGAAGCACGAAGAUUAUCCUUCCUGCAUGGAAGAUGGGUGGACCAGAAGGUUGGCGGAAGCGAUGUUGUUCAAAUUUCCGUCGGUGAAACUGCUGCAAGUGCUCCCUCUGAUGGCGACUACUCGGCUUACGAAACGUGGCUCGAUAAAAAUCAAACCAUUGUCGGUUCCGACCCAGCGACUGUGACAUCAUCGAUGACAUCAUCAGAGGAUGGAGUAACCAAUCAGAAUCCAGCGAGGAAAUCUGUGAUGUCGAUAAGUGCUGCACUCUGCCACGCUGCACAGCUUGUCCAUAUUAUACGCAAGAUAUUAUGUGUUCAUUUGCCACAUAAGCUACACUACAGAACCUUCUGCAACCCUACUAUAUCAGCAACAACGUUUUCAAACUGUGUGAAGUUACUUAACAGCAACCUGGUAAGCCUAUGCUUGCAACAAGGGGUGGAUGGAUUCUCCUUGCACCCACUACACACACUGAGGAAUCUACAAAUACUUAUUGAUAAACUGAAACGGGAUGGAGUAAGGACAAUACCCUUUAUACCAACUGUUGAACUUUUGCUUUCUGUUGAGGAAACUUUGGGUCUUGGUGAUGUCAUUGAUGAUGUCAUACAUGACGAUGAUUCGGAAAAUGAUGCAGAGUGGACUCUCUCCUUCGAGGCAGACUGGGAGUCGGUGCCUGCCGGGGAUUUUAACCCAACGUUAACUGUGACUCUCCCCGCGUACACCUCUACUAACACGCAAUCCACCCUAAUGACACAACCAGCGGGUCUGGUCACGAGUGCUCUGGCGUGGGCAACAAAAGGCUGGUGGGGACAAAACGAAUGACCUAAGUCAACAAAAUAUUGCGUUCUACAACCUAUGUAUUGUAAGUUGUACAGCAACGUGUGUCGACACCCGUGUGUGGCGUAUUUUAAUGUUUUUGGUUCACUAAAUUAGGCCCUGAUCAGUAUUACGCCAAGUCACGUACAGCAUAGUGAGCGUUGGAAGUAUUUCACUAUCAAACCUUGCGUUUGCACAUAUUCUUCAAUGUUGAAUGAAUGUAUUGUAUUUUACCAUACGGCAACUCGCCCGUUAUUAUUGGCGAAAAGUUCCCAAACGUUUUUACUACGCUACGUUUGAACAGCGUUGGGCGUUGCAUAUUUGCUCAAAUGAUGCAACGCCCAGCGUUAACAAUCUCA